GAGCGAUUCCUAGAGGAUCCACGUGGUUCUCUAUUCCUCUCCAGUGGUCCAUUGUCAGGGUACUCUCCUGUACAUGUGCGACUGUACCUGUUUCUUCCUCGCCCCUUCCCAAUAUCCAAGAUGGAGAUAGGGUUGGUGAUAAUCGUUCAGACGUUGCUGUGGAUGUCCCAAUCGUGGGCCUGGGAGAUCCUGGACGCCCCCGUGUUCGGGAGGCAGCAAGCGGCGCUCAUUCGUCCCGAACCUUCACCUUCCACGCACAGGCGAAACAAGCGGGCGACGCAGUACUCGACUCGGCACGUGAAUCCGCCGCUGGAGAUCUCGCCCUUGCCAAGGGCCCCCCACCCCGAUAUGCCUCCUCUGUCCUUCAGGGACAUCCAUUCCUUCGUUCAAAGGGCAUCCGAGGUCAUUCACCAGCGAUACGAGACCGUGGAGCCUCGGAUCUUCAACAGCGGAGUUAGGCAGAUCCCGGGGUCGGCGGCUUGGUUCCUGGCCGCCUCGGCCAAGACUAAGGUCGUAACCAAGAACAUCUCCAGAAUCGCACUCAUCUCCGAAGAAGCGACCAAGUUUAUCGCUCAAGAACUGAAGCUGAGCAAGGAGCAAGUGACGUACGGGCUCCCGACGGCGGACGUCAGGGGGACGGUCCUGGGAGACGAAUGCCCCGUCCAAGUGGAUUUCCCCUGUCAACCGAGGAAAUACCGCGCUUACAACGGAUAUUGCAACAAUGUCCAGAAUCCCCGGUGGGGAAAUUCCAACACCCGAUACCUCAGAUUCCUCCCGGCCGAUUACGCCGACGGUGUUGCGACACCCCGGCAGAGCAAGUCGGGGGCGUUCCUACGAAGUGCUCGAGAGGUGUCCUUAGCAUUGCACGAAUCUGCGGAUCGACCUCAUCCUCACAUGACUGCCAUUGCCGCUCUUUGGGCUCAGCUCAUCACCCAUGAUCUCUCUCACACUCCUCAAAUGGCGGGUUACUUGGGUCAACGGCUGAAAUGCUGCGGAGUGAGAUUCGAAGAUUUCCACCCGGAAUGCUACCCAAUCCGACUGCCGGACGACGACCCCGUUCACUCGAAACUGCGGAAAAAGUGUCAAGAGUACGCUCGUUCCGGAACGGCCCCUCGCACUGGAUGCACUCUCGGACCCAGGGAGCAGAUCAACCAGGUGACGUCGUUCAUCGACGGGUCCGUCAUGUACGGCUCCAGUCGGGAAGAAGUGGAGGAGCUUCGGACGUUGAAAGGGGGACUUCUCCUCUCUCAGGUGAUCCCCGCCGGGGAACUCUUACCCCCGGAUGAAAACGUCCUCGAUUGCAGAGCCAACUCGACCGAUCUCAGGUGCUUCAAGUCGGGAGACGUGAGGGUGAACGAAGACUUGGGGCUGGCGGGGAUUCAUACGAUCCUCCUCCGAGAGCACAACCGGGUGGCCAGGAUCUUGAGCCACCUGAAUCCUCAUUGGAACGACGAGACGGUGUUCCAGGAAAGCCGGCGGAUCCUCGGCGCCACCUUGCAACACAUCACCUACGCCGAAUUCCUUCCCGUCGUCCUCGGACAGGACUUGAUGGCCCAGUACGGAUUGGAACCCCAGAGUUCCGGCUUCUUCACCGGCUACGACAUCAACAUCAAUCCCGGAGUGGCCAACAGCGUCGCUUCGGCCGCCCUCAAGUUCGUCGCUUCGCUCAUGCUCGACGACCUCCCCUUCCGAUUUCCGGAUGGUCGAGUGGAGGAGAAGCCGAUCGGGAAGACUUUUUACGCUCCCUUCGACCUGUACUUACCGGAUCGGUUGGAGGCGCUGUUGCAGGGGAUGCUGGAUGCCCACGCGCAGACCGAAGACUCACACAUUGCCGAGUCCAUGACCAACCAUCUCUUCUACGACCCUGAAACCGGCGUGGGUCUGGACCUGGCGGCGCAGAUCAUUCAACAGGGCCGGGAUCACGGACUCGGGGGCUACAACGCGUGGCGGGAAUUCUGCGGGUAUUCGCGGGCUACCUCUUUCUCUCAUUUCCUCGAUGUCAUGUCCGAGAGUUCCGUCCGACUCCUUCAGUCCAUCUACGAGAACGUGGAAGACGUGGAUCUAUUCAGUGGGGGAUUGGCGGAAGUGCCGAAUCGGGGGGCCUUGGUGGGUCCCACUUUCGGCUGCCUCCUCGGCCGACAGUUCCAUUACCUUCGGCGCGGGGAUCGCUAUUGGUACGAGAACGACCUUCCACCGUCUUCAUUCUCCAAAGAUCAGUUAUACGAGAUCCGGAAGACGAGUCUGGCGAGACUCAUCUGCGACAACACCAACAUCGACUCGAUUCAGCCCCACGUCUUCCUGAGCAAAGACCCUUUCCUGAACGCGGUGAUGGCUUGCGACGGCGAGGCGCUGAAGGCGAUGAAUCUGAAGAAAUGGCAGACGCUGUCGCCGAAUUUCAUCGUCCCUUCCGACAUCUUGGAAUCGUCUUUCGACCGAGCUAAGAGGGACGUCGGCGCCAUCCGGACCGUGGAAUGGGAUCUCUACAAUCAAGAUCUGAGUGCAGACCCGAAGAGCCCAGUCGGGAGUGCAUAUGGCUUCCUUCGACCGAAGAGACAGGCAUUGCAGAUCUCCAAUACCUCCUUCGUCCUCCAGUUCGCUUCGGCUCGGUUCGUCAACGACCUGAUCGACGGGAAGCCGAGUCAUUCCAAAGACCUGGAAAGCGGGAGCCACGCCCCGCAGAACUUCCAGGAACUCAUGAACGCCUUGCCCAACAUCGACGUCACCGACAUCAUGGAGAUUCCCCAGGUGUUCGAAUGCGACGAGCAGACGCUGCCGUGCGAUCACACGUCCCGGUUUCCGACGCUCACGGGCUGGUGCAACAACCUGGAGAUCCCCGAGUACGGGAAAUCCAUGCGGGCCUUCGCUCGCCUCCUUCCAGCUCACUACCAGGACGGACUGAGCCGGCCUCGCAGUCUGUCGGUGACGGGGAUUCCCUUGCCGUCUCCGAGGAUGAUCUCCCGAAACAUCCACGACGACGUUUCUGCCCCUCACGUCCGAUACACCCUCAUCACCAUGCAGUUCGCCCAGUUCCUCGAUCACGAUCUCACCUUCACUCCCGUCAACAAGGGUUUUGGGAAUUCCAUAUUGGAUUGUCGGCGGUGUGACUCCCAGGAGACGGUGCAUCCGGAAUGUUUCCCGAUCAAGAUCCCGGAUGGAGACGCGUAUUAUCCCCGAAAGAAUGGGUCGUUGGAUCAACCCUUCUGCAUUGCCUUCACCCGAUCACUCCCUGGCCAAUUGACUCUAGGAUACAGGGAGCAGAUAAACCAAGUGACGGCCUUCCUCGACGCGUCGGCCGUCUACGGCUCGGACGUGUGCGAGUCGAGAGGCUUGCGGUCGGGGACGCGAGGCCUCUUGAGGGAUUUCCCGCACCCGGUUGGGUCCGGUUUCAAGCAUCUCCUACCUCGCACUAGUGAACAUCCGGAGUGCAAGGCCAAAUCCGGCUUCUGCUUCUUGGCCGGUGACGGUCGGAGCAGCGAGCAGCCGGGGUUGGCGGCGAUCCAUACCAUAUUUAUGAGGGAACACAAUCGCCUGGCGGAGGGUCUCGCCCUCAGGAACUCUCAUUGGACCGAUGACGAGAUCUUCAUUAAUGCCAGGAGGAUAUUAGCUGCCGAGUUUCAACAUAUCACCUAUAACGAAUUCCUUCCUCGGGUCCUCGGAUGGAAUGCCAUCUACCUCUACGGUCUUGACCUCCUCUCCGAUGGAUACUUCCAAGGCUACGAUCCGAAGUGCAAUCCGACGAUCGUGAACGAGUUCGCAACAGCAGCCUACCGCUUCGGUCACAGCCUCCUUCGACCGGAGUUGAAACGAAUGGACGAGCAAUACGGCGACCUGGAACCUAGUCUUCGCCUCCGGGACGUCUUCUUCAACCCGGAUCAUCUCUACGAACGGGGGAUGAUCGACGAACUGAUGCGGGGGUUCACGACCGUCUCCAUGGAGACCCUUGAUCAGUUCAUCACCGAAGAGGUCACGAAUCACCUGUUUGAAGACAAAAAAGUGCCCUUUUCCGGAAUGGACCUCGCUUCCCUUAACAUUCAACGAGGGCGGGAUCACGGGCUCGCCCCGUACAACGAAUACCGGGUGUUGUGCAACCUGACCCGAGCUCGGAGUUUUGAGGACUUGUCGCGAGAAGUCGCCCCUAACAACAUCCAGAAACUGAAGAGCAUCUACGCCCACGUAGACGACAUCGAUCUCUUCACUGGGGGACUGGCGGAAACCCCUCUUCAUGGCGGGUUGGUGGGACCCACAUUCGGUUGCAUCAUCGGCAUCCAAUUCCACCACCUCCGGGUUUGUGACCGAUUCUGGUACGAGAACGGGGAUCCGCUGACUCGAUUCACGGAGGCACAGUUGAACGAGAUCCGGAAGACCUCGCUGGCGAAGAUGGUGUGUGAGAACUGCGACACGAUCGGCCUGAUCCAGCGGUCCGGUUUCGAUCUUCCCGACCCCUUCCUGAACCCGAGGGUCCCGUGUAAGACUCUGUCCACGGUCAAUCUGGACCUGUGGCAGGAAAGGCAGAGCUGCCAGGUGAACGAAGUGGACAUCGGCCUCGGCGGAGCAAAUCGAAUCUCUCCCUGUGUCAUGUGUACCUGCACCAAAGAAGGACCGGUGUGUCAGUCGCUGAAGAUCGACAACUGCUUCCAGCUGGCUCGGGGAUUCAGUCCCGAGAACAUCCUCCACGACCACGUGUGCAAGGUCCAAUGUGCCUUCGCCUUCCGGGCUUUCCCCACCGUCUCUUCCCAAGCCCAGAACUCUCUCGGCUUCUCCUGAAUCCUCCUUCCCCUCUUCCUAUCCCAACACGGAUGGACUCAACUCGACAGUCUCGCACCCGGUGCCGAUCGUGAUCCCGAGAUGAUGAGAGAGAGGGAAGAGCAAGAAGCUCCAAGCUGUCCUCAAAAUUGUGUGCUUUCCCGCGUCUGUCGGAAUCAUUCCACAUCCUCAGAG